AUGAGUUUCAAUUCGCAGUAUCUGUACGGCAACUGGAAGGAGUUGGAGAGCAGCAACAUCUACAAGGUCACAAGCGCCGAUUGGGACAAUCCCUACUUGCGGAAUCUGACGGUCGUGAACAAUCCAGCCAAGGAUGAUCGGCGUGACUUCGAGAUUCAGAUGGGGGAUCAUGGACGCCUGAUACUCUGUCCAAUGUACCACAAGGAUAUCGCUAUAGGAACGGAGUCCAACUAUGAUCUCUACGCCGACUAUUCAAUUCCAGGCCGAAUCGUCUGGUACAGCCCUACGACAGGGCGAAUUCGUACCUGGCAGUUCAUGCUGCAGAUGUGGAACACCACAUUGGUGCAGUUAAUGGGCGAAGUUGAGGGCGAUGUUCUUCGACUUUGCAUGCGGAAGCUCACAGGCGAGCUAAUUUCGAACGUUACCAUGCAGCGGAGUACUUGCUGGAAGGAAGCUAGGAAGCUGAUGAUCUCCGGCCUUCGGCCUCUACUCUCAAAAAAACUGGCUUUCGUCUCGUCCCCGGGAGAAGUCUUGACACCCGCCCACGAUGAGAAGACGCUCAGUGAACUUCUGGGAUGUAUGAAAGGGGAGCCGGAGCUAGUUGAGGAGUGGAGACGUUUCCAGUAG